AUGUCCUACUACCCCCCUUACUCGGGCCCGCCCGGUUAUCCCCCGCAACAGUAUUCCUAUCCUCCUCAGCAGCCGUCCUACGGCGCUCCGCCUUAUCAGCACAUCAUCAUCACCACCAGUCGUCCUACGGCGGCGGCGGCGGCGGCGGGUAUCCCGGUCAAGCCUAUCGCCAACAGGCUCCUCCCAGCAACCCCUAUCCUUCGUACGGUCAGCCGUCGCCCCAGCCUUACGGAUCGCAUCCCCCUCAGGGCGGAUAUGGCGGCGGUCCGCCGUCGGGCUACAACAGCCCGGCACCCAACGGUGGCAUGUACCAGGGACACAGACAACAAGGCACGCUUCCUCCCCUUUGCGCAUUCGGCCUCGCUCCUCCGCGCACCAAAAAGCCGCCUCUUCACUCGCGCAGUUGCUAAUCGCGCAACAGGUGCUCCUAAUCCCUACCAGAACUCCUACGGCCAGGGUGGCCAGGGUGGCCACGGCGGCCCAGCUCCUCCUCCCAGCGACCCCGUCGCCUUCGGUCAUGGCGCUCCCCAGGGAUACAACUUCCAGUACUCCCGCUGCACCGGCAAGAGAAAGGCGCUUCUGAUCGGUAUAAACUACUUCAAUCAGAAGGGUCAACUGCGCGGCUGUAUCAACGAUGUCAAGAACAUGUCCUCGUACCUCCACCAGCACUUCGGCUACGCUCGCGAAGAUAUGGUGCUGCUGACGGAUGACCAACAAAACCCUAUGAGCCAGCCGACCAAGGCCAACAUCCUCCGCGCCAUGCACUGGCUGGUCAAGGACGCCCGUCCCAACGAUUCGCUCUUCUUCCACUACUCGGGUCACGGUGGUCAGACCCCCGAUUUGGACGGCGACGAGGACGACGGAUACGACGAAGUGAUUUACCCCGUUGAUUUCCGCCAGGCGGGCCACAUUGUCGACGACGAGAUGCACCGGAUCAUGGUGAAGUCUCUGCAGCCAGGCGUGCGACUGACGGCCAUCUUCGACUCCUGCCACUCCGGCUCCGCUCUGGACCUGCCCUACGUCUACUCCACCCAAGGUGUCCUCAAGGAACCCAACUUGGCCAAGGAAGCUGGCCAGGGUCUCCUGGGUGUGGUGUCGGCCUACGCCCGCGGCGACAUGGGCAGCAUGAUGUCGACGGCGGUCGGCUUCCUCAAGAAGGCCACCAAGGGCGACGAGGUGUACGAGCGCAACAAGGUGACCAAGACGAGCCCGGCAGAUGUCAUCAUGUGGUCCGGCAGCAAAGACGACCAGACCAGUCAAGACGCCCAGAUCGCCGGCCAGGCCACGGGUGCCAUGUCGUGGGCCUUCAUCAGCGCCAUGCGCAAGAACCCGCAGCAGAGCUACGUGCAGCUGCUGAACAGCAUCCGAGACGAGCUUUCGAGCAAGUACUCGCAGAAGCCGCAGCUAAGCUGCAGUCACCCCUUAGAUGUGAACUUGCUCUAUGUGAUGUAA